UCUCUCUUUGAGUCUUUUCCCCCCUUCUUUUUUAUUUAUUUAUUAUUUUUUUCUCUUCUCAAAUUCUCUCUCUCUCUCUCUCUUCUAAAGUCUUAACCCUUUCUUGUUCUAACUCUCUUGUUGAACACACUCUUGUGCUUGGUAGGUUGUGCUGUUAGAGGGUGAUGGGCCCUGAAAUCCACUGAACAAGUUUUAAUGGUGAGGGUCUCUUUACCCCCUUUCAGUGCUUGCUCACCCUUUGCCCCAAAUUCCUUGCUGUCUCUCAUUUUAGGUUCCCCUAACCUCACAAAGAUAAGUUUUUUAGGGUGUUCUGAUUUUAUUUAACUUGAUCUCAAGGUCCUAGGCUCCUUAGACUGUUCAUUCUCCAAGAUUUUCAAUCUGGGGUUUUCUGAUUGAUUAUAUAUGCAUGCACUGUGAAUGUGUUCUUUGAAAGCUUGCCUCUUUAGUUCAAGUUCCCAUCUUGAAAUUUUCAGUUUUUAUAGUCACUGAGCUGAGAAAAGUUGGGUUAUGGGAGUGGAUUCUCCCUAAGCUUGUGUUGGGCAUGGAGUUUGACGGAUAAAGACUUGAUCUUUGAAGUUGCAAUUAGUGGACUCAGCUUCUCAUUAAGAUGGACAGAGUUAUUCAACCUCCUUUGGUUGAUACGACUGCAUGUUUAUGUCGAGUAGAUACGGGGUUGAAAACUGUUGCUGGAGCAAAGAGGUAUGUCCCUGGAACAAAGCUGUGUCUUCGACCUGAUAUUAAACCAUCCAUUCACCCGACAAGAAACAAGGCAGCUCGUGGUGACAGAAGCCGGAAUCAGUCCCCACUACUUCCAGGACUUCCUGAUGAUCUAGCUAUUGCUUGCCUUAUCCGGGUCCCAAGGGUUGAACACCGUAAGCUUCGGUUAGUCUGCAAAAGAUGGUAUCGUCUCUUGACUGGUAACUUCUUUUACUCACUCCGCAAGAGUCUUGGGGUUGCAGAAGAGUGGAUAUAUGUCAUCAAGAGAGACCGAGAUGGGAAAAUAUCAUGGCAUGCUUUUGAUCCUGUGUACCAACUAUGGCAGCCCCUGCCUCCAAUUCCUAAGGAAUACUCUGGAGCUUUGGGUUUUGGCUGUGCAGUUCUAAGUGGUUGUCACCUGUACUUGUUUGGGGGGAAGGAUCCACUGAAGGGGUCAAUGAGAAGGGUCAUCUUUUAUAGUGCUAGGACAAAUAAAUGGCACCGUGCCCCAGAUAUGCUUCGCAGGCGGCACUUCUUCGGUUCAUGUGUCAUAAACAAUUGUCUGUAUGUGGCUGGUGGAGAGAAUGAGGGCGUCCAUCGGUCCUUGAGAUCAGCUGAAGUUUAUGAUCCUAAUAAGAAUCGAUGGUCAUUUGUUUCAGAUAUGAGCACUGCAAUGGUGCCUUUCAUAGGUGUUGUCUAUAAUGGAAAGUGGUUCCUGAAGGGACUUGGUUCUCAUCGGCAGGUUAUGAGUGAGGUUUACCAGCCAGACACUGAUAGCUGGUAUCCUGUUUUUGACGGAAUGGUUGCCGGCUGGAGGAACCCGAGCACUACUCUCAAUGGACAGUUGUAUGCCUUGGACUGCAAGGAUGGUUGCAAACUUAGGCUUUACGACGAGAUUACCGAUUCAUGGAGCAAACAUAUUGACAGUAAAAUGCAUUUAGGGAACUCGCGUGCUAUGGAGGCUGCUGCUCUAGUCCCCCUCAAUGGCAAACUUUGUAUCAUCCGGAACAAUAUGAGCAUUUCUCUGGUGGAUGUUUCCAAAUUCGAACAUUUGAACGGAUCUUCCGCUGAACAUUUAUGGGAAACUAUUGCAGGGAAAGGACAGUUCAGGACUUUAAUGACGAAUCUGUGGUCUAGCCUUGCUGGGAGAAACAGGCUCAAAAGCCACAUAGUUCACUGUCAGGUUCUUCAAGCUUAAGAGGGUUGUAUAGUGCUGAAAAAUUGAAGACGAGUUACAACAUCUGUAUAGAUGGUAUAUGUUUGUGAGAGGCCAGACCAAAGCUUAUUACCAGAAAUUCAAUGCCACAGUCUACCAAUAAAUUUGAUCUCGAAUCCCCAGGAUCAUGUUCAUCACAAGAGGUGACAGUGACACAUAGAUGAGAUGUUUAUUAUUUACUAGUUAUAGUGCUACAGAUAUAUGGAUACGUAGUUGUUACAUUUUCAAGAUUAAGUCACAUGGUUUUUAUCAUCAGCUUGUGUUGGUGGUGGUGCAAGCAAUGUCUAACUAGCUUGUUGGACAGGGGGACAGGAAUAAUAGUUUAGUUAGAUUCAGUUUGGUAUUCCCAUAAAAUUGAGGGUGAAAAAUUCAAGAGUUAGCUUUCUAAUAUAAUUUUUCAUCUGUGAAUUUUCCUCCCUCAUUUUCUGUAGUGACAACCAACUGAACAUGUUCUUAAUAUAAUAUAGAACUGUUAUCAUCCUUCACCUUGUUUUUCUACUUGCUUAACUAAGUUGGUGUGAAACUAAUAUGACUCUAUAUGCUGUCUUAUGAUUCAA